CGUCUUCAACUUGUCCAGCAAAACAACCGAAUAGGCAGCAUCUUAUCAUCCAAGUAUCCUUCUGGCCACCACACGUUGACCAUCCGAUAAUACCAGCCAGAUGAUGGAUGCCUGAAUCAACAACACGAAUCACCAACAAUACCCUGCCCGACUAUCACCAACCAUGUCUGUCGAGAUCUGGCCACCUAUUGCGCCCCAUCAGCUUAAAGCCGCCGUCGAGACAUCCCAAAAGCGCGAACUCGACUGGCUCGUCCAAGAUCUCCGCGAAACCCUCACCAACGUCAAACAUGGUCUCGAAGACUGCUAUGCCUUGCUUGCUCCCAUAGACCCGGGCAGUACCUUGGUACUCAGCACACCACGGAACGAGAUCGUCAAGGGUCACAUAACACGAGUCGGAACACGGAUAGUCAAGGGGACCAUCCACCUCCGUCUACGCACUCUCCCCCAACAAACCCUCACCAUCAACCCCGACCACCCAAUCCACCUCGCGCCGCUCGUCACCUUGCACACUCUCCUCACGCACUCCCUCGACCUCCUAACCAUGACGCUCUCCUUCACGUACCCGACCGAGUCCGAUUCCGCGUCCGCCAAAUCACCAUCACCAUCAUCAUCCUCAUCAUCUCCCCAACUCUCCUCCGCCGCGUUUCUCUCCUCCCAACUCCGUCUUCUCUCACAAUCCAUCUCCGAAUCCAUCGCCAUCCUCAAAGGACCUCCGCUCGUAACCGCCGCCGACCCCUCCUGGACUACCCGAUCCAUCGCCUCUUCACAUUUUGAUCCUCCCCUGACAGCCGCCGCCGCGUCAAAUCAUGGUCUUGGAGCGACAUCAAUACCACCUAUAUCGUUCCAUCUAAGUAUCCAAGAAAGCAGCAUAGUCCUGUGGCUGCGUAGUCUCGAAGCGGCCGACGCUCCUGUAGGGUUCGGGACCAAGCUCGCAUUCGCAAUCGGUACCGCACGCAGACUGGAGCAUGACGAAGCAGAUCGGGUGUUUGGCUUCUGUUGUGGUGGGGAGGGACAUGGGGGUCCUGGAGGAAGUCCAGGGAGUAUGAUGCCAUCAAACGGAGGCAACAAUAACACGACGAGGUCUACUACGCAGAAUACAGCAGCGGGAACGGGGGCGAUGGGGCAGCCAGAAGUGGACGUCUACGUGAGGGAAAAGGUUCGGGUGGAAAGUGCUGAUCCGAGUUUGCUGUCUCUUGCAGCGAAACUGACGGCUUUGGGACACACGCUGGGUUUGGCGAGGAGGAAUUUGGCGGCGGUCAUGGGAGAGGAGCUGGAGGAUUAGAGGGCCCGACGGCUGCUGCUGUCCGUGAGGGGGAGUAGUGAGACUUGUUUCGGGUCGGACGGGACGGGGGAGAUGGAAAGUGUUUAUGCAAGUCGGUGGUGUUGUUGUUCGCAUUGGUUGGAGUUGGAUAGGUCGUUUUAUACCAAGGGGUUCAUGUGUUGUUUUCGGCACUGUUGUUCGUAGUCACAGUCUCUUGGGGGUUUAGCAGGCGCUUCGUUUAUCACUAGUAUGGUAGCUUCUCGAGAAUGGGUACAAAUACG